CCCUUGAUGGUACUUUUGGAAUGCUUUUGGAUGAAGAAAUCAAAUGGAAAGAUUAGUCAUGUUAAUUGGAAGAAGCAUGCAAAACUAGGGCCAAAGUCGCGACUUUCAUCUCUGUUAGAGGUUUUCUUUUGAAGAGCUUGAACAAGACUCUGAUUUACUUCAUCCCGAAAUGUGAAGUCACUCAGUCUUUUAAGGACUAUAUGCCAAUUAGUCUUUGUACAGUGAUCUAUAAAAUCCUCCCAAAAGUUCUUGCGAGUAAUAUCAAGCAGAUCCUGGAUGACUGCAUCUCGCCUCAUCAAAGUGAAAGGAAGACUCAUUUCAGAAAAUAUUUGAUUGCUGAGAGCUUUUGCACUACAUUCAUUCAUCGAAGAAGUGUGAAGGGGAGGAGAAGCUAUGACUCAUCUUAGCUAUGCAGAUGAUACUUUAUUAUUUUUCAAAGCUGGGAAAAUCCAAUGCAAAUGUGAAGGAAGCAAUUGAUGAUUAUUGUUUUUUCUCUGGUCAAGAAGUUAAUUUCAAUAAAUCAGAGGUUAUUUUCAGUCCCAAUACCACACCUUUGUUGCGCUGGAAUUUUAAACGCUCGUUACUCUUCUUCUUUGGGCAUAUAUCUCGGAAUGUUCAUUAAUAAUGGAUCUAGAAAGCACAGAAUUUUCAGGGAUUUGAUGCAAAAAAUUCAAGCAAAGCUUGGAAGUUGGAAGAUUUUGAUGUUAUCCCAAGCUGGAAAACUAACUCUAAUCAAAUCAGUUUUGGCCUCUUCCAGCAUUUAUCAACUUUCAUGCUUCCUUCCACUAAAGAGCCUGGCGGCAAAACUUGAUUCCAUAUGUGCGAAUUUUUUCUAGGGUCCAUCUUCUAAUGGCAGUAAUAAAAUGCAUUUUGUCCCAUGGAAGAAUUUAUGCAAGCAUAAGAGUCUUGUAGGUCUGGGCUUCAGAUCUACUUAUCACACUAAUAUGGCUUUACCUGCAAAGCAGGCAUGGAGGAUUGUUUCUGCAAAUGCAAAUUCUCUGGUGGGGAAGACUCUACAGGUUAAAUAUUUGGAUUUUAUUCUGAAGGGUGAUUGCAAGCCUAGAAAUAGAUUCUCAUGGGUCAUGAAGGAUGUUCUUAAGGUUUCCUUUUUGAUUGCGAACAACCUAAAAUGGCAGAUUGGUGAUGGAACUAUGAUUCCUUUAGACCAUGUGAAAUGGUUUCCUUUGCAAAAUGACUCAGCAAAUCAUAAUGUCACCGUGGCUAAUCUUAUUUAUAAAGAACAAGCUUUCUGGAAUGAACAGCUCUUAUCUUCCCUUUAUUCACGCCGAAUCAAGGAGGAAAUGCAUCAUCGUCAAUGUUCAUCCUUAUGCCCUUUCUACAAAGAUCAGGAGGAAUCUUCAGAUCAUAUUUUCCUUUCCUGCGACUUUGCCAGAGCAGUUUCGUUUGCUUCAACCUUUUUUUUUUUUUUCAGAUCAAGUGAUGUGGAUAACAUUAAAGUUUUCAUCUCUUGCUAGGUUAAAACUGCUGAACUUAACUCCAACAAUGUUCCUAUUCACCAAAGAAUUUUCCUCACUCUGCAAACUCUUUGGGAUUCUAGAAACCUAG